AGAAAAAUGGAGACUAAGAUUCUCAGCCUAGAUCAGCCUGUAUCUUCAUUCACCAAGAUAAUAAGCUUAUGUGAAGGCAUCAUUCUCGACUACAUAAACCAGAAAGCACUUAAAACCCCCUGUAAAAUCCUCCAUCUCCACAGAGGUUCCAAAAUCCUCAAGCUCCAGGUCCAUCACAGCACAAAAUUCCCUCCAAGCACUACAUGUCAAGUAAGUAUUAAGCAAAACCAAGCUAAGACAACACUUUAGGAAACAAAUUUCUCAU